AACACAAAGGGAAAGAGGAGAGGUACCUGUUAUGUGUUCUCCUGGCCUUUUAGAAAACACAGAGUUGUUCCUUUGGCUACAUACAUGCGGAUCUACAAGAAAGGUGAUAAUGUAGAUAUCAAGGGAGUGGGCGCUGUUCGGAAAGGAAUGCCCCACAAUUGUCACCAGGGCAAAACUGGAAGAGUCUACAGUGUCACCCAACAUGCAGUGGGCAUUGUUGUGAACAAACAAGUUAAGGGCAAGAUUUUUGCCAAGAGAAUUGAUGUACGAAUUGAGCAUAUUAAGCACUCUAAGAGUCGAGAUAGCUUCCUGAAACAUGUGAAGGAAAAUUAUCAGAAAAAGAAGGAAGCCAAAGAGAAAGGCACCUGGGUUCAAGGGAAGCGUCAGCCUGCUCUACCCAGAGAAGCACACUUUGUAAGAACCAAUGGAAAGGAGCCUGAGCUAUUGGAACCCAUUUCCCAUGAAUUCAUGGCAUGA